CAUGACACAACACAGCAUCGGUCCACCGCCCAUCCAUCCCUCGUCUGUCCGCUUUCUUCUCCGGAUCGCCUCCGCCGGCGAAGCGGCGGGAGCCACAUCCGUGCAUCGAUGAUCCGUGCCGCAACCGUAUUGAGAUCCUACGUGCGCCAGGUGCGCGUGAAUUCAGCCUCUAGCUGGCCUCUCGUUUCCAGGAACCCUCCGCUUCUUGGCCGUGGACGUCCUUAUUAUCAGAUGGACACAAAAGGACAAGAUGAAAUUAAAAUGUUCACUGCAAGAGGAUCUCAUGGUUUCCCUGAGAAUCAAGAAUUAGCAAAGAAAAGUUGUGUUCCAUGCAGCUCUAAGGAUCUACACCCCAUGCCAGAAGAUUCUGCUAAAAAACUGCUUGAACAGGUGAAUGGUUGGGAAUUGACAACUGAAGGUGGUAUUCUGAAAUUGCACAGAGCAUGGAAGGUGAAGAGUUUUGUUAAAGGACUUGAGGUUUUUCAGCUUGUCUCUGCUAUUGCUGAGGAAGAAGGUCACCAUCCAGAUCUUCAUCUUGUUGGUUGGAAUAACGUGAAAAUUGAUGUUUGGACUCACUCUGUCAGAGGUUUAACGGAUAAUGAUUUCAUCCUUGCUGCGAAGAUCAAUCAUCUCAAUUUAGAAGGCAUUUUAAGCAAGAAAGUUAAUGUCCAGAACCAGAAGUAGCUCUGCUGAGUCGACCAAAGCAGUCCUGUUUCACAUGCUGUGCUCAAACUUUUAAUAUGUCAUUCAUAUUUUCUUGAGAAACUGUAUACGGUGUUCCAGAAGUCAAAUGUUGAGGUCGCCUGACUGUGAGUUUGACUUGGCUGAAAAUAAAAAAGCAUGUCCAGUAGCACAUUGUA